AUGGGUGAACAGAUGAUGAUGAGGACGAUGGGAGAAAUCCUGCGCGUGGCCUCCAACGAGAGCCAGCUGAUGCUGGUCGGGCUGAAUGUGGCCUCGUCGGGCAAGUACAGCUGCGAGGUGUCCGCGGACGCGCCCUCCUUCCACACCAUGAUUGUGACCGGCGAUUUGGAAGUCUGCGAGGUUCCCAAACACGGGCCGAUGAUACACGGCAUUCGGCCCCGGUACCGGGCCGGGGACAUUGUCCGAGGCAACUGCAGUUCGGCGCACUCGCGGCCGGCGGCCAACCUGACGUGGUACAUCAACGAAGUACAGGCUAAUCCCUCACAUAUUCGCAUCCAUAAGCCGUUCCGGGAGCAUAAAACUGAUUUGGAAACUUCCGUCAUCGGGCUGCACUUUGUGGUGACCGCCCACCACUUCCUCGGCGGAAAGCUAAAGAUCCGCUGCACGGCCCGCAUCCACGAGAUUUACCUGCAGUCGUCGGAAAAAUCCAUCGAAGAGGAACGUCCCCGGGUCAUCUCGCAGGCAUCGUCCUCGUCGUCGUCGUCCUCGAACAGCAUCAACAUGAUCCAGAACAGCCCGUACGAUCAACUGCUGGACGACGAGCUGGACCGGAAGGACUUUAUGACACACUUGCACGGGGACAUGUCGUCGGCGUCCGGAAGUGCCCCGCCGGCCACGAGAUCGGUGCCAUCAAUCAGCUCAAUCCGGACCGGACUGCUGGCCCCGUGCAGCGCAGUGGGCCAACAAAAACAGCAAGCUUUUCGCGAUUGGCAGAGCUUUCCGCCUCCCAGCUACCACGUGACCCCCGUUUGA